UUGAGUUUUUUUGUUAUUUGGCUUGUUUUCAAGCAUUCGCGUUUGACUUUUCCAUUUUUUUGCAGUCAUUUCUUACCAUUGAUUUUUUUUUACAAUUUUGGGGAACUUGUAUGGUUUAGUACGCUUUUUUAGCUCUUUUUUAUUUUUCCUUCAUCAAUAUUAAAGUUAUUAAAAAUUUUAAAGAUUCCCCCAUUUCCGUAUACAGAAUGGUCAGCCUUUCUUCCUCAAUUUCACUCAAUUACUCAGAAUAUCAUAUUUUUUAGUAGCGUUCGAUAGAGAGAGUCCACCCAGGUAUAUCGAAACCUUUUUUUAGGAAUCGAAUUUUUGGAGCCGCAGGCGAAAGCUGUAGAUACCCCGGUUACGGCCAUGAUGGGACCCCCAACUUCCUAUUGCGAAGUGAUACCGUUUUCUUGCAAAAUGACUUUGGGCCGAGUUAUGGCCGUUCAAGUUUAACGAUAGAGUCUGGGAUUAAGAGGUAAAUGAGCAACUUCUCUCUUCUUUUUCAUCCUCAAAAAACCCGCCUGCCCACUUUUACUGUUUUCUUUUUUUUUCGUGUCUGACAUUUUUCUUCCCUCUUUUUGUUCCUUCGUCUUCAUAUACUCAAAACUCCAAAAAACCGAAACUUUGUGCGGCCAUAACUCGGCCCAAAGUCAAUUUGAAAGAAAAUGAUAUCACUUUACAAGUCAGGGGUCCUCUAUCGAAUGGUACCAAAAAACAUAAAAUUUGCUCUGACAGUAAAAGAUGAUUCCUUGUCAGAGAUAUCACAGGACCGAUUCUGGUUUUACAACCUAAACAAAGAUUAACCUAGGCUGAAUUGAUUAAUGGGUGAGAAUGAGAAAGAGUAAAAGACUAAUGAUGGAAAAGGAAAAAAAGGCGUGACUAAAAACCGUGCUUAAAAAAGCGUACUUCUCUCAAACUUUUUUAUUUAAUCAAUACCAUUUUUUCUUUUUUCUUCAUCCGCUCACCUGGAAACAGCCUUCCAUGGUGAUUCACAAAAAUGAAGAAAUUUUUUUGUUUUAUUUACAAAUUUGAAUAGCUCUCCCUAAUUUUUAAUUAUUUUUUUUAUUUUUUUAAGAUCUUUAAAUAUCAAUGUCUUCGAAAGCAAAACGUUCAAAGGCUCAACGAGAACAAGCGAUUCAUGUCGAUGCUUCUGCAGAUGAGACAUUUGAUACUCACAGUUCCACUAAUGCGACGUCUUCGAAUUCUUCGAACCCGCAUGUUUCUAUUCGUCAAAUGGAAAAGGAUUUGUUGCAAUCUCUUAAUGACCGUUUAGCUGGUUAUAUAGAGCGUGUCCGCACGUUGGAGACUGAGAACACUCGUCUGCAGGUGCAGAUCAACGAAGUAGAGAUUGUUGAGCGCAAGGAGAAGGAAAGCCUCGCUACUCGUUAUGAUGUUAAAAUUGAAGAGCUGCGCAAGCAGCUUGAAUAUCUGACACGUGACAAGGCUAAGUUACAAAUUGAGCAUGACAAGGCGACCAGUGGCUAUGAAGAACUCAAAUCUCGUGUUCCCCAACUGGAGCGAGACUUGAAGAAGGCGGAAAAGGACAAGUUUUCUGCAUAUGAUGAGAUUCAUAAUUUGAAUGCGCGUUUAACAAAUGUUGAUUCAGCACGUGGACAACUUGCUGAGGAAAAUGAUCUAAAAACUGAUCUCUACAGCGCUGAGAAACAAGUCGAACUGUUACGUCGCCAACUUGAGGAUGAAGUCUUGUUGCGAACUGAAUUGGAAAGUCGUUUGCAGACCGCACGAGAGGACUUGGAAUUUUCUCGUCGGAGUCAUGACAAUCAAAUCGAGGAGUUGCGUCGUAAACGUCAAGUUGAAAUGACUCAUUAUGGUGAGGAGGUUCAGCACAAAUACGAAGCAAAACUCCAGGAGCAGUUACAUGCAAUGCGAACCGACUUUGAUUCCAGAAUUGCUGCACAACGCGCGGAUGUUGAAGACAUGUUUCAUGCAAAGUUGGUAGAAGCCAAUAAUCAGGCCGCCAAAUAUCGGGAAGCUUCUGCUCGUGCUCGUGAAGAGGCGACUUCUCUUGCUGUUCAAAAUCGGGAAUAUGAACGUACAACAAAAGACCAUCAAGGGAUUGUUGAUGGGCUUACUCGUCGUAUUAAGGAACUGGAAGGAACCCUGCGCAGAGCGCAUGAAGAUGCCGAAAUUCGGAUUCAACAACGAGACGAGCAAAUUGCUCAGUUAAAAUUGGAAAUCGCAAAUCUUACAUCAGACUAUCAGGAUGCGCUUGAUUUGAAAGUUAAACUGGACACUGAAUUGCAUGCUUAUCAGCAAAUGUUGGAGCAGGAAGAGACUCGAUUGCGUAUCACUCCAUCAGGCAGCCCGAAUACUUCGGCUGCGACCUCUAAUUUGAGUGCUACGAUGUCAUCUACACGUGUUGGCCUUCGAUCUACACCUUCUGUAUUCAAUGGAAGCGGCGGUGGUGACGUUUUUAUGGUUGGAUCACAACGUGGAACAAAGCGUCGUCGUGUAAACCAAGAGGAUUUUGUUAGCAUUGGUCAAUCGGCUCAAAAGUGGACGACUACUGGCGAUGGAGUGGGUGACUUAAUCAUCGAGGAACAUGACACUGAUGGUAAAUUCAUUCGGCUUUACAAUAAGGGAGAUGAAACUAUCUCUGUUGGCAAUUGGGUAGUUCGAUCAACAGCUGGAGAAAUUGAGACUACAUUCAAGUUUCCUUCGCGCGCAAAGAUUUUGCCAGGAAAACAUGCUACGAUUUGGUCUAGUAAUGCGAAUGCUGAACACCAACCGCCAAACAGUUAUGUCAUGAAAAACCAGAUUUGGCCACAUGAUCGCUGCAUUCGUACGGAACUUUUGAAUCCUGACCGUGAAGUUAAUGCUUGGCGUGAAUCGGUUUUAAAUCAGAGUUUUAAUGGAGUUCAAUAUGGAUCUGAUUCCGACAAGAAUUGCGUUAUUAUGUAA